AGCGGUGAACACAGACCCAGCAGGUCCCAGUGUAUGUGUGGGUCUGUCCUGUCUCUCGGACCCGCGACAAACCUGCUUCGAGCAUUCUCGUAGAUGCACUCUCGUAGGGAAAGGAAAUUCCUGCGCAGAGCCUCUAGUGAACCGAAUUGCAAAUCUCUGGUACCGUACGGAGUGCUGAGCUUGGGCUGACAGCCCAGUAACAUGUGUAAGACCAACCUAACGAGGGUCGCAGACUUCUUGAAGAUGGACGUGAUUAUUCCCGAGAACUAGCGAAGUAUAGUGAAUGUCUUCAUAUCUAUUUCCAUCCUGCAGUAGUUUGAGAAAAGAGUGGUAAUUGUUCUGAAAACAAAGACUGUACCUGUAAGAAAUUUGCUAAGACCAAUGUACUUCAUGGGAACUGUUGAUCAUAAUGUAACCCAAAAUGUGGAAUAAUUUCGAACGGUGUGAGUGAGAAUUUUGAGUUGAAUUUAAGAGCAGCUUAUGUGAGUUUUAAUAAUGACGGAAAAGCCAGCAUCAGCAGCAUCUUUCCCAGAGGAGUCUAGGGAUCCCCUUUCCCUGUGGAAUACCACCAAUUCCUGGAACACCCUAGAUAGCUCCUGGAACGAAGAGAAUGUCAGCACCACCAGAUGGCCAUUCCUGAUCCCUAGUCAGAAUGCGUCUGCUUAUAUUCCAGCCGGCUGGACUGAACCAAUCAGAGACUCUGGAACAGAUGCGGAAUUCAACCUCGACGACGUGAAUAUCGCGCUGAACCAGUCGUUGAAGAACGUCACCGGGAACGAGACAUACUACGACUACGACUACGAGGCGGCGCUAGAGACUUUCUUCUGGCGUCAGUUAGCGCCGCCGCUGGUGGUGUACGGAGUGACGUACGUUGUUGGUGUAGUGGGUAACUCUCUCAUCAUCUUCACAAUCUGUCGCUACCGUCGUCUCAAGACCACCACCAACGUCUUCCUGGCCUCCCUGGCUAGCGCUGACCUCCUUCUAAUACUCAUCUGCAUCCCCGUCAAGGUCAGUGUCACCCACACCCUCACUCAGCUUUCCCCUUGUCAAGGUCAAUGUUAUCCACACCCUCACGCGGCUUUUCUCUGGUCAACGUCAAUAUCACCUUACACAGCUUCCCCUCGUCAAGGCCAGUAUUAUCCACACCCAAACGCAGCUUUCCCCUGGUCAAGGUCAGCAUCACCAACACACCCUUACAUAGCUUUACCCUGGUCAAGGUCAGUGUUAUGCACACUCCACCCACAACUUUCCCUAGUCAAGGUCAGUAUUAUACACUUAUAUACAUAGCUUGCUAAGGUCGCAAGGGAUUCAAAGAUUAACCCUAAAGGAUUCUUUCAGGUAUACAGAAGUAAGAUUAGGGACAAGACUGGCCCACUUAAGAGUAACUCUGGUCAGAUCACUGACA